GAGUCUGUUUUAGUGACUUUGACAUGAUACACCCAGAGCAUCCUCCCUGACAUCUUGGAGAACACCAUCAUGAAAAGGAGUUACCUCUGACAAACACAGGGUGACACCAGGAGUUAACCCCUUACACCUCAUCCCUGUAUCUGCCCUGCUGACCUCUAACCCCACCAUCCCUGCGCCUGGUCCACUGAGUCUGUAUUCUUGACAGAAAACAAAGAUGGUCCCUAUUGUUGAGCUUCAAGUCCAGAAUAAAUCACCUCGUUCCCCGAGGCUCAGCCAUUUUAAUACUACAGAUUUAUUGUGCCGUGCUUUUUGCUUUUUGGAGAGUUAUCGUAUGUAUGUGGUCAGUAAAGUGUAUGCAGACUGUGACCCAGCCUCCCUCUCACGUUACACCCUAUUUAUAACAUCCCCUCCGCCGGCUCCCCUCGUUCUGCAGUUCCUAGGAACCUCCUCCUGCUCUCAGCCUCAAACUCCAGUGCCCUGCUCCUCCUGACAUCUGAGAGGCUCCGCUGCAGUUUAUCCUGGCCUAACUGUUUAUCCUGUACAGCCUGGCGCCCGGCCGCGUGCUCCGGAUUACCACAGCACACCCCUUUCCAAACACAUUUCACUUUCCUCUGACUAUUUCUGUUUUGCUCGAGUUGCGGAAAAGAGAGAAGCUUCGUGGAUUCUACAUGUCUUUCUGAUUUUUACUUUUAGGCUGAAUUUUGCCCUUCUCACCUUUUCCUGGAGGGCGAUGGAUCACACGCUGUUCGGCUGCCUGCGGAGUCCCCACGCCCCGGCACAGGCCCUGCACCCCGCCUUCACCCAAUCUCCCCUGACCCUGCACGGACGCUCCGAUCAUGUCUCCUACCCCGACUUGGCCUCUUCGUCCUCCUCCUCUUCCACCUCCUCGCCUUCUCCCUGCAUCAUCUCCAGCUACCCAGCUGAUGAUGGUCUGUUCUCCGGGCAGCACCACCACCACCCCCACCGUGGCCACCUGCCCUCCCAGCAGCAUCACCACCCGCCUCAUCACCACACGCUGUGGCAUAUCCCGCAGAUGCCGUCUCCUGGCAGCGGCACGCGCCACAGCCUUUGCCACCCGCACUCCCACGCAUCUCAGGACAGCGGGCCCUCACCCCAAGACCUGGGCCACACUGGUGGGCCCAGUAUGUGCGCUAGCAUCCCCAGUCUGGGCAGCAGCAGCACACCCACGGGGGCCUCCUGUGUGCCGGCAGACUUUGGCAGGCAGACGCUGUCACCUGCUGAGGCCGAGAAGAGGAACGGCAAGAGAAAAAGUGACAGUUCAGAGUCCCAGGACGGGAAUUACAAGUCAGAUGUGAGCAGCAAGCCCAGGAAGGAAAGAACAGCAUUCACCAAGGAGCAGAUCCGGGAACUGGAGGCUGAGUUCGCCCACCACAACUACCUAACCAGACUAAGGCGCUACGAAAUCGCUGUCAACCUCGACCUCACUGAGAGACAAGUCAAAGUGUGGUUCCAGAACAGGAGGAUGAAAUGGAAACGAGUGAAAGGCGGCCAGCAGGGGGCAGCAGCUCGAGAGAAAGAACUGGUGAAUGUGAAAAAGGGGAAGCUGCUGCCGUCGGAGUUCUCUGGCAUCGUGGCGCUCCACCAUUCAACGGACUCCUUAGCCAAUGAGGACAGUCACGACAGCGACCAGAGCUGCGAGCAUGCUCACUUAUGAUGCACAACAACUGUCCCCGCCCCCUCAGAGUAGGCCCGCCUCUGCCUCAGGACUGUCCUUACAAGGAGGGCUGUUUGCUGAUUUGCCAUCGUCAUACAGCGAUGCUAAAUAAGUGUACAAAUGUACAAAGGAAUAAUGAGUGUUGUGUAAAGAAAUGCAGUCACCAUGCACAAAAAAAAAGUAACACGUAAAGGAAGAUUCUGGAACACUUCAACGUGCCAUUGCCACACUUCCUAAUUAAAAGCCAAUAAGAAUUAUACGAAAGAUUGAUAUUUAAUGGCUAUACAAGAAUUAUUGUAUAGUGUAUUUUGGACUCAAAUUAUAUUUACUCAAAUCAUUGUGAACAUUCCAUGUUGUGUGUUGACUGUAAAACUUCAUAACUUAAUCCAACUCAAACAUUUCAAGGAAACUGUCAAACAAGUCAAGUAUGAAUGCAAUCUGUUGGCUGCUCCCAUUUUGCUUUGGGUUGCCAACAGCAGAUUAGAAAUGGAUCAGCAUGUUGAUUUAGCACAUUUUACACCAGAUACCCUUCCGAAGGAAGCUGUUGAGUGUCAAGCAUGAAUAAAGGCUUUAAUUACAUAAAAUAAAUGUAAUUAGUAUUGAAUAAAACCCAUUAGCCAAUUUGAAGUAAUUAAAUGCGAUCAGAUUCGUCUGUCGUCUUCACAGCCAGACAUGGAUCCCUCCAGCUUCUAUCGGGGUUAUGAUUUAAAGCAGUCUAGGGUUUUCUCAGGACAUUAAGAUAUACAUGAGUGCUGAAUAUCAGUCCCCCAGCUUUAUCCUUUAGGACCAUUUUCCAUCUUCAGGAAACAGUUUUGUGUUAGUUUUAAGAUGGGGUGUGUUCACGUGUAGUGCUGGUGUGUUGAUUAUAUGGCAGGAGAAUAUCUUUCACCAUAGAUCAGUAAAAACCAGUACCUAGCGUGUGUUUGUGGAAUUUAAUGGCACAACACUGCACACACACCCUGGUGAUACACCCAUCUAAAGUGAUUUGAAAAUAAUCCCCAAACGAAAUACGUUUGUGCCAUAUUUUAAGCAGGGAGUGUGUGGAGAUCAGGUCUAUGAACAGGAGAUAAUUCAGUUCUCAUCGGGGGCUUGGACUUUAAAUAUGCUUUGAAAGAAAAAUAGACUGCUGAUCGCACAUCAUUAAGAUUAGCACAGACUUGGAUACACAACAUAUUACAAACAACAAUAAAACCCUCUGUGACAGACUGGCGUCCUGUCCAGGGUGUACCCUGCCAAACACUCUAUGACUGCUGGGGUAGGCUCCAGCCUGGACUAAGUGGUUGAAGAUGAGUGAGUGACUGAGUGAGUAAUAAAACCCUCAACCUUAACAAUAAAAUGAAAGCUCACUCAAUCCAUCCUUGUCAUAGGGCAUAACAGCACACACACAAUUUCCUGUCAGAGUGAACAGUUUUUAACUGACCUUAACAUGCACUGCAGGUGAUGGGUCUCCAUACUUCGUUCAUUCAAGAAUUUACAUGAGGUCCAUCUCAAAGGUGAAAUCAGGUUCAUCUUGUGUACAUGGCUCAUCCACAGAGGUCAGAGAACAGUCAUCACCAUCAUACCAAAGGUAACAUGUAAAUGUAAAUGGUGUUAAUCCAAAUGUCUCUGCAGUCACUACACUUACAGGGUUAUGUCUCUUCUGUUUGCUGAUUCCACGUGUGUUGCGCACACAAAUUCCUGUGCUCACCAGAAAACCUUUCACUUUUGAGUGCACCCUCUUUGAAGCAAUGUACAAUCACUUUGCACACUUGUGUCUUGAAGGCAAAAGCAGGUGCUACUUUGAUUGAGCAAUUUUAUAUUUUAUCAACAAAAGGCCCAUAACUAAUGAGGUGAUUUUGUCCUCCUCAUUAGUCCUUUGUGCUCAGUGUCCUGGUUUGCACUGAGAUUUCUCACCACUUAAAAAUCAAAGUGUGAGCAGACACACCUUAAAUAUGCCACAGGCCAUGAGUAUUAGAUGAUCAAAAUAUAGAACAUAUUCCCUUAAAGGAUAAAAGAGAAGAAAAUAGGUUCUAAAAAAACCUGCCACCUGUGACUGUACCUCAGUUGGGAGAGCAGGUGGGGAAUCCCUUCCUGACCAUAUCCGAAUGUGAACGUACAAAAUGCUUAAAGCUACUAUGACACUUUCAUUUUUGUCACUGAAAUUGA